GUUCUGUCUGCGUUGCGGAAGCGGAGCUGCGCGAUGGAGCUGUGCGAGAUUUUAUACAACAAAGCGGAAUAUAUAGAGACCGCGUCGGGUAACAAAGUGAGCAGGCAGUCUGUUCUCUGCGGGAGCCAGAACAUCGUCCUGAAUGGAAAAACGAUCGUGAUGAACGACUGCAUCAUCAGAGGGGAUCUCGCUAACGUCCGAGUCGGGAGACACUGCGUUAUUAAAAGCCGGAGUGUCAUCAGGCCGCCGUUUAAAAAGUUCAGCAAAGGUGUGGCCUUCUUCCCUUUGCACAUCGGAGAUCAUGUGUUCAUAGAGGAGGACUGUGUGGUGAACGCAGCUCAGAUUGGAUCAUACGUUCAUAUCGGCAAAAACUGCGUCAUCGGUCGGCGCUGUGUUCUGAAGGACUGCUGUAAGAUUCUAGAUAACACAGUUCUGCCCCCGGAGACGGUGGUCCCUCCGUUUACAGUGUUCUCCGGAUGUCCAGGGUUGUUUUCGGGAGAGCUGCCCGAGUGCACGCAGGAGAUGAUGAUCGACGUGACCAAAAGCUACUACCAGAAAUUCCUUCCUUUAAGCCAGAUAUAAUCACCGACUCUCUCAGACCAAACUGGACAUUAUGUUUCAUUUACAUUCACCCUUUAUUUACUGCAGCAGAAUGAAGGAUGCGCUGAACGUGUUUGUCUGAUGGUCUUUAGUUCCAGCCAGGAAAACAGCACUUCUUUUUAUUUAUUAAAGCAUAAAGAGUGUAAUUAAAAACUAAACCGUAAUGCACAGGGUUCCUCUGCUGAGCGCUGUUCCUGUACUGAUCUACUGCGUCUGUCACCAGACCGACUAUCACAAGACCCAGGAAUCUUCCCUCGGCGGCCUGAGGUCAGCUGGGCUUCAGUGAAAGCCUGUGUUUGUUGUCAUGUUUAGUUUCUGCGACACUAAAUGUUUUCUGUGUUCUAAUAAAUAACCACAGACUGUAAA